CUCUCUUCCUCAUUAUCGUUUGCUGCUGUUAUCCCACGAGAUAAUAGCGUACCACCUGGUUAUUGUUGCUUCACGCUCUCAGAUCUGUCAACCGGUAAAACCGUCCAGCAGAACACGGAAUAUGGUUUCCUCUACUUCGACGCAAGCCAGCCAAACGGCUGGUAUUGCAUCAAUCUCGCGGACACUGCUCAUCCUAUACUGUGGGGUGAUGGCUUCAAUAACGCUUGCAUUAUUGCCUGGGAUGGGCACUUCCAGUGCCUUGAUCCUACGCCUGGUGACGAUACGUGGACGCUAGGUCACAAUGGCAGUAGCAACACUCCUUUGUUGCUACAUAACAGCUCUCCCACUUAUCAAGCAUGCCCUAACAAAGGUGGAGGUGAAUUCAUUUCGUCCGGUGCCCCAGCAGCAUCCGGAUGUAGGAAUAUCCAGUUGGAGGCCACAGGUCUCAAGGGAACAUGCUCGAGCUUC